AUGCAAAAUGUGGCGAGGGCCAGCCGACAACUACGCGAGGAUGUGCUGCACAUUCGUUGGCGAAAGUUGGUUCUUGGAGGAGAACCGAAGGACCUGGAGAAGCAAAUUGACAUCUUCCUCAACGCACCGCAGCCGAGUGGCCGCAUGAGAAGGACCUUGAGCUCGAUUGCCGACUCUUUGCAUCACCAUCCGCGUCGCCAAAGCACCGAAAUGACUUGGGAGCGCCAUGAAAGUGCGUGGAGAUGUGAUGUGCCAAGCGCGUUGCCUACCAAGAUUAUCAGGCUGCUCAUGGAAAUGAGAAGGCUCGACAAGAUGUAUCUCGACAUUAUCAACUUCGACCCCUCCCAAAACGUGAAGUUUCAAAGCCAGCUGUCCAAGAACAUGUUCUCUACCUCCUUGCGUACCCUAUGGAUACAAGCAGAUGACCAAAUUGUUGCGCGGAUCUUGGGCGUGCUGCAGAAGAAUACCCUCGAGGCCUUCGGCACGUCUGGACUGCAGACCUAA